UGAGAUAUUCAGUUGUUUGAUCGUCAAAAUUGGCUGUCAACGUUCAAUCUAACCAAGAAUCAUGUCGGUAUCAUUGGGCGCACCCGGUCAGCAUAAGCAGGCGUCGAGGAAGGGAAAGAAAGCAUGGCGGAAGAACAUUGAUAUCACCCCAGUCCAGGAGGGAUUGGAGGAUGUGCGCGAAGAAAUCAUUCAAGGAGGACUUCUCUCAGAGAAGCCUGCUGAAGAGCUUUUCACUCUCGACACCACCGGAUCCACGGCCAUUCAGAAGGCUUAUAAUAAAGUCCAUAAACCGCUCAAGGCAGACGAAAUUAUCGCUCAGCGAUCAGCUGUUCCUGCUGUCGACUCCCGCAAGAGAUCUAGCUCUAAAGUGACAGACGGCAUCAUCGAGCCCAGCGGCAAGAAGCGUAGAGGUGGAGGCGUUUCCCACAAAGAACUCGAACGUCUCAAGCAAAUCGCGUAUGGUGGAGACUCGGUUCACAAGGAUGUUGUCAAGACCGACAACACGCCAGCCUAUGAUCCAUGGGCUGUGGAACCGCCAAAGCAGGAUCCCAGAUUUUCGUUCCUGGAGCCGCCGAAGCCGGUGCGAGCGCCAAAGACACUGAAUGAGGCUCCGAUUUCUCUGGCCGCCGACGGAAAGAAAAUCCCUGCUGUGAAGCGGCCUGAAGGCGAAAUGAGCUAUAACCCGACGUUUGAGGAUUGGAGUGAGGCUCUGGAAAAUGCAGGACAGAAGGAAGUGGAAGCAGAAUUGAAGAGAUUACAGGCCGAGGCAGCUGAACAGGAUCUUCGAGAGCGAGCUGCUGCCUCUGCCGCGCAGCAAGGUGCGGAGAUUGAUGAGGGAGACGAUGACGAGAGUGCGUGGGAAGGUUUCGAAAGCGAAGCAGAAAACGAGCCGUUGUCUGCUCGCCAGCGCCGCCCGGAGCGGAAGACCCAGUCACAGAAGAACAAGGCUAAGCGGAGAAAGGAGGGUGAGAGACAAGCCAAAUGGGAAGAAAAAAUGCAGAAGAAGGCUGCGCAGGCCGAGCAAAUUAAGGCGCUAGCCGAGGCCAUCGAAGCAAAGGAGAAAGCCAGGGCAGAGGCAAGUGCCAAUGGUGAAGAUGCCGAUGAAUCCGGGGAGGGAGAUGAUACCGUUCUUCGUCGAAAGAAUAUUAGGAAUGCUCCUUUCCCUGAGAAGCAGCUAGAGCUGGUCUUGCCUGACGAACUCAGUGAGUCGUUGCGGCUCUUGAAGCCAGAAGGAAACCUUGUCAAAGAUCGAUUCCGAAACAUGAUUGUUCGCGGCAAAUUGGAGUCACGUAGACCCAUUACGCAGCCCAAGAAGGCGAAGAGAACAUAUACAGAGAAAUGGACAUACAAGGAUUUCAAGAUCUAGAGAUUUGGCAAGCCAUUGCAGCCAUGUCGCUUUUGUUGGCGUUCACCUCAUAUACUUUUUUCUUUGGUUGUUCGGAGUCACGAAGUAUUAAUUUGGUCUGGUAGACAUAGAAGCAUUAUCCUACUACAUUUCAAGGCUAUCAAUCAAAAGCACGGGUAAAAGUUUUCCAUUGCAAAGCUUCAUAGAGCGCACUUUCGAAUCCCAGGGCAGAGGCUCGUGAUACAAACUAGGGUC